AUGAGAAGUUUUAUCAGUCACUAUCAGCAACUCCCAUUUGCACUUCGUAUAAAGAAUGAUGAAUAUUCAACUUGUGACUUGUAUGAUCAUGCAUUACAGCCUACCAUCCGUGGCUUCAAAGUCUAUAUUUAUUACAGUAUUAAAGAUGCUUUCCUUUUCAAUCUUCUUGUGCGAUUGAGUGUUCCCAAUCUCCAGGAGCCAACCAUGGAAAUUAUUUCCUUCCUUGACAUUGCAUUUACUGAGGGAAGGCAACUAAAUGCAUUCAAGAAACACACAGAGAUUUUCCCACCAAAUAAAAGUAAUUAUGAAUCCAGUUUCAUAAGUACCAAUUCAGAUGAAACUUAUAAUUAUGUUAACGAUUUUCGACCCACAAAUCCAGGAAACAGUCCUGGAAUUGGCCACAAUUUUGCAGCAGAAAAUGACGUUGUUGAGCCAAAGACACCACCUCCUGCUUCAGGAAAAAAUACAGAUGUUUUUCGACCCACUGGACCAGGUCACAGCCCUGGUUUUGGCCAUCCUUUCACAGGACCAAACGAAUAA